AAGGAAACGGCGGUCAAUUUGAUUCAAAAAUUUCGCAACAAUGCCACUCCCAAGUGUGCGUAAUGUGUUUGAAGAAUGCCAAAGGGCUGUCCAUCUUCACAAUGGACUGCUGAAGAAACUUAGGAAGAUCUAUGAUGAUAUGAUGUUGGAGGAAUUUUGGGAACAAUUUGAACAUCAUUUGAAGUUUUCCCUGAUUGUAUUUCAACGAGAGCCGACGGUUGAGAGGACCAUCGAAUUCAUCGUCAAGUUUGCCACAUCAUUUUUGAGGCCAAAGAAGACUGAAGCAGAAGAUUCAGAUGAAGAAGAGGAAAUUCAUCCCUUUAUUGCAAAGUUUUUCGACUUUCUGCUUGAGGUGCACAAUGCGCGUGAUCGAGCUGUCCGCUUUCGAUGUUGUCAACUCAUAAAUAAACUGCUCCACUCGAUGGGAGAGAAUGCCCAAAUUGAUGAUGACCUUUACGAUCGUAUCUUCCAUGCCAUGCUGUACAGACUCAAGGACAAGUUCCCGAUUGUGCGCAUUCAGGCUGUCUUGGCUCUGGCUAGGCUACAGGAUCCAACAAAUAAAGACUGUCCUGUUAUCAAUGCCUACAUCUUCCUCCUGGCAUUUGAUCCAAAUGCUGAUGUCCGCCGUGCGAUCCUCUCCACUAUAGCAGCAUCAAAGAAGACGUUACCAGGUAUCCUAGAAAGGGCACGGGACGUGAAAGAUGUCAUCCGUAAACAAGCUUAUCAAGUCAUUGCUGAGAAUAUCCACAUGAAAUCUUUGAGUAUUGCGCAACGUGUCAAGCUUCUGAAAGAUGGCCUGAACGACAGAGCAGAUGAGGUAAAGCAGGCCUGCACUGACAAACUUCUGCAAGCAUGGCUAAGACAAUACGGCGGGAACAUCCUUGACGUGCUGCGGGGCCUCGAUGUGGAAGAAUCGGCCGAGGUGGCAGACCAGGCUCUCAAGGUCAUGUUCUCUAAGUGUCAACAGAAACAACUUGUCGAUGAGUUAGAUUUGUUGAAUGAGAAACUGGUGAUCCCGGCUGAGAAGUUAACGUGUGAGAAUGUGUUCUACUGGAGGUGUCUGUGCGAUUACUUCAAAGCACUUGGUGACAACGCUGAGGAAUAUCUGGAGAGAAUCCUGCCAACUGGAUUCGAAUACUGUGAAUACAUCAAGAGUAUCGUUGACAGCAUGAAAAAUGAAGAGGAUUUGGAAAAGAAGCUUGAAAAUGAGUUCAUUCUGCAACAUCUGAUCGACUUGGCCUGCAAUCUUGACCUCGCUGAUGAGGUUGGAAGGAAAAGCCUUGACAAGCUUAUCCACGAUUUGCUAUUCUCGGAGAAUGUCAGUCACACCAUGGUUGCAUCCCUCCUGAAACAGCUGGAUCGCAUCCAGAAAGACGAUGGUGCUCGCAUUCUGAAUCUUGCUGAAGUGAUUGCAGACAUCAGAGAACCCAUCUCUACCAUUGAGACAAGCUUGAGUCAUGACAAGAAACGUCUUGUUGAGGUCAAGGCUGCCAGUAUCCGAGUAAAGAUCCUUGAACUGAGGGAAGAGUUGGAUGAUGCGGUGCAGAAACAAGAUUUUAUUCAAGCGGGUGAACUGAAGAGACAGCUCGCUGAACUGGAGGCAGAGAAGGAGCAGGUUCUUGAGGAGCUGCAGCCAGUUGUAGAAGAAGUCAGAAAAGAGAAGAAUGACCCCCAGACGCUGCUGAAGUGUAUGACGAUAGCGUGUGUGAUGCUAGAAGGUGUGACACUGAAUGGUCUCAUUCCUACACUGCAGACUCUCAUUGAGACACUGAUUUUGCCAGGUAUCCAGAACCAAGAUCCAGCUGUACGUCGCCUUGCCGUGAAAAGUCUUGGUCUCUGUUGUCAGAUGAGUAAACCAGCUGCCAGGGCACAUCUGCUUCUCUUCAUACAGGUGUCCCAAGUUGACCACAUGGCUGUCCAAGUCACAGCACUUGAGGCGUUGUUUGAUAUUCUCCUGACGUUCGGCCUGGAAGCAUUCACGGAUGAAAGCAACAAGAUGGAUGCCACCGAGGAUGAUGAUGCGGAGUCGGUCAUUUCUAGCGCUCCUACAGACGAUGAGAUUGAGGAAGAGAAGAAAGGACUUGAGACGAUCAAAAGUUUGAUUACCAUUCUGACAUCUCUUAUCGACAGUGAGAUGCCUGAGAUUCGUACAGUGGCAGCAGAAGGACUUGCUAAGUUGAUGCUAUCCGGCCGGGUGAUGUCAGGAAAACUACUCUCCCGCCUUCUCCUCCUCUGGUAUAAUCCGCUGACGGAGGACGACAUCCAUCUCAGACACUGCCUCGGGACAUUCUUUCCUGUCUUUGCAUUCAGUAGUCAGACAAAUCAAGAAGUUAUGAGUGAAGCCUUCCUGCCAACCUUGAAGACCAUCUUCAAUGCACCAAUGUCAAGUCCUUUGGUGGAAGUGAAUGCUGCCAAUGUCGCUAAACUCCUCCUCACAUUGACGUCUGCCAGGAGUCUCGAGCAGAACAGACAGCCAACAGCUGUAAAGCUUGAUCUUCAGGAUCAUGCGAUUCACAACAACCUGGCCGUGAAGGCAUGCAAUGAGAUCCUGAGUGAACCCAACUCAUUCAACACCCGCGUUCUCACCAAAACGCUCAACAUGUUGGAGCUGAACGGCAGGCGAGAAACAGACAUCCUGGAUCUGAAGGUUCUUGUCGAGCAGAUGACAGAGGAAGUAAAAGAUAAAACGGCUGCCAAAACUCUUGAACGGUUUGAUAAAACUGUGAAAGACUUUGCGAGGAAGUUUCACCGCCAAGACCCUGGUAGUCAACAAGAUCCAGAUGCAGUGGCUGAUGAGCUGUCACAGGCAACAGAGUCGUUGUCAUUGGUUGAUAUCGUGGAAGAUAAGUCUGGGUCCUCACAGGUGUCAGUUGUGCCAGAGUCGAGUCUUGAAAGCCAGGAUGUGACGAUUGUUACUGAUCAGGCUCUUGAUGUCGAUUCACAGGAAGAUGCUUCAUUCCACACGGCAGAGGAAGACGAGAAGAUGGAAACCACCAAAGAACACGAAAAAGAAAAUAAAACAGCUGGAAGAGGCAAUGGGAGAUCUACCACUAAAGUACAAACUGGAAAGAAGCUGAAAAAGAAACUUCUGCCCAAGAAUUCUCCUCCUGUGGAUGAUGACAGCUCUGAAAGUGAUCUAGAGAACACUGUCUUCGCCUCACCCACCCCAGUGCGGAGGUCUGCCCGUAUGAGCCGGACACAGAAAUCACGUAACACUGCGUCGAGAUUAGAAGACACGAAGGUCAACUUGGAGGAUAUGUUGUCAGAUGAGAGUGAAGAAGAAUCGACAAGUAAAACUCCCAAAUCAAAAAGAUAUUUCAGUGCUCAGACACACUAGAUUAACACGUCGCGAGCGGGAGAAAGUGCUGACAGAUAUUCUGAUGGAUAUGGAUCAAGGUCUCAUGUAGGAUCUGCUUACGAAUGCUUUGAUUAUUACGGACUGUUGCAAUCAUGAUUACAUGUGUUUUUUUGUGAUCAUCCAUUGACGUUUCUUCAGAAUUAAACUCUUCAAGUUGACUGUUCGUGUUUAAUGAUCCGUUUAGAACAAGGAACAUAUAGUUUUUUACUGUUGACAUUCGGCAUUCAGUGAUGGCAUGUAACCAAAUAUUAUCUGCAGGGAGGACAGUGCAAGACGAAGGGCCUGAAGAGUUAUGGCUUUCCAAAAGGCUCCAUCGUUCAUUGGCAGUGCCCUCCCAAGCAGAUUGAUAGUAACUCUCUAGUGUCAGUUGUGACUUUACUUACAACUAGUUGUGACUUUGUCUACAGCUGGUCGACUGUCUUGGGGAUGGCUAAUACAUGAAAUGUUCAUUAGCAGUACCAGUACAGGCUAAACAGUGACAAUAUUAGUUCAUUGUUGGCUGUGACACGGUGUGUAAAUGUAUUGAUUUACCAAAAGUGAUGUAAUUAAGUAGAAAGUACCUUUUAAUGUCAUGCCUGUAACCUAUU